AUGUCGUGCUCUGCUGAGCGCUAUUUACACGGGUUCCCGUGCUGCAUUCUGCUCUGGUAUACACUACAUAUGGAUGAUGUCUGUCAAGAAACCGGCCGAAGUCUUGAAGAUCCCUAUUGGACGCCAAGUGUUUUACGUUCUCUAUCUUCGAGUACCUUCACCAUUCAUUACAAUCCCGUUCUCGAUGGUGAUGGCGAUACUCGUGAUACACGGUCAAUGUGCGCCAGCAAGUAG